AAAACACCGCUGCAACAACCCAGAAGAAUUUUCUUGACCCUCACUAUGCAGCCCACAGUGCGACAGCAUUCGUCAGGCUCCCUCGAGCAGUUCGAUCCGGUCAUGGUGACUCCUGUGAUUGGGAACGAAUUUACCAAGGAUUCCUGCAAUAUCGUCGACGAUAUUCUUCACGCGCCGGAUGCUGACCAGCGCAUCCGCGACCUGGCGAUCAUGAUUGCCGAACGGGGAGUGGUCUUCUUCCGUGCCCAAGAUAACCUCACCAACGAUCUGCAAAAAGAGCUGAUUCUGCGCAUGGGCCAGCUCACCGGUCGUCCAGCCAGCAACGCUCUACACAUCCACCCCGUCACGAAUGACGCGCGUGAAUUCGGUGAUCCCGAUCCUGCUAUCAGCACAAUCAACUCCGAGGGCCGAAAGAAGCUUUACAAAGGAUCGAGUUAUACUAAGAUGGCGGCUGUAUGGCACUCCGACAUCUCCUUCGAGCCGGCCCCAGCGGACUUUUCGUCCCUGAGAUUAACACAGUUGCCCAAAACCGGAGGAGAUACGCUCUGGGCAUCGGGAUACGAGGUCUAUGAUCGGAUCAGCACGCCGUAUCAGAAGUUCCUGGAGACUCUGACUGCGACGCAUGACGGCGAAGGCUUCCGGCGUAUGGCUGCGUCGGGCAAAUUCCAACUCUACGAGAAGGAGAGAGGAUCGCCGCAAAACGUCGGAGGGGAUCUCUUCGCUAUUCACCCAGUUGUCCGGACGAAUCCCAUCACCGGGUGGAAAUCUAUCUUCUCGAUCGGCUCAUUUCCAUCUUGUAUCACUGGCCUGAAUCGCAAAGAAAGCGCGAGUAUGCUGCAAUGGUUCCACGAUCUCAUCACGUACGGACACGAUUUACAAGUUCGAUUCAAGUGGAACCAGCCCAACGAUAUCGCAAUUUGGGACAACCGAAGCGUCUUCCAUACAGCCACUGGAGAUCACGAGGGCUUCGGGCCACGGAGCGGGAGUCGAGCCGUGGGCGUUGGCGAAGUACCUUAUUUCGACCCUGCGAGUAAGUCUCGGCGUGAGGAUUUGGGAAUCCUUGAUGAUCUUGCCCCAUGCCACCUUUAA